CGAAAGCGUGUCCAUUUAUCUAGCCUGCUAUCCACCUCUACCCCAAGGUCCCCAGAACGACAUCUAUAAGACCUACACCAUCGGACUACCAUCCUCAACCAUGAGCAGCAGAGCAGCCCAGUCCUCUCCUCCUCCGCAAUCAUGGCCACCUUUAACGCCUCCGACGUGAACCUCCACACGGCGAGCAAGGAGGACGUGCUCUGCUACUAUGCCAUCUCGGACAACGAGUACAACGGCCACCUGGGCGCGCGAAUCUCCUCCAUCUUCGUGAUCCUCUUCGUCUCGACCGCCUUCACCUUCUUCCCCGUCGUCUCCAAGGGCCUCCCUAGCUGGAAGAUCCCGCACAACGUCUACAUCUUCGCCCGCUAUUUCGGCACGGGCGUCAUCCUGGCCACCGCGUUCAUCCACCUGCUGGACCCGGCCUACAAGCGCAUCGGCCCGAAGACGUGCGUCGGGGUCUCCGGGUACUGGGGCGAGUACUCGUGGUGCGCGGCCAUCGUGCUGACGGCCGUCGUGCUGAUCUUCCUCCUCGACCUGGCCGCCGAGGUCUACGUGGAGCACAAGUACGGCAUCGAGCGCGACGAGUCGGCCACGAGCGCCUUCAUCGCCCAGGACCCCUGCCCUUCCCUGCACAGCACCCACGACGUCGACCCGGAAGGGCGCAGCCGCAGCCGCAUUCCCGACGGAGAAAAACCCCUGCCUGCCACCUCCACCAACUCCACCACCGCCUCGGCCUCAGCUGACGCCGACGCCGACGCCGACGCGACCGAAAGAUCCUUCCGGCAGCAGAUCGCCGCCUUUCUGAUCCUAGAGUUCGGGAUCAUCUUCCACUCGGUCAUCAUCGGGCUGAACCUGGGCGUGACGGGGUCCGAGUUCGCCACCCUCUACCCCGUGCUGGUGUUCCACCAGUCCUUCGAGGGGCUGGGCAUCGGCGCCCGGCUGUCGGCCAUCCCCUUCGCCCAGCACGCCAAGCUGCCCUACCUCCUCUGUCUGGCCUACGGGCUGACCACCCCGAUCUCCAUCGCGAUCGGCCUGGGCUUGCGCACGACCUACAACCCCAACUCGAAGGAGUCGCUGAUCAUCCAGGGGGUGUUCAACGCCGUCUCCGCGGGCAUCCUCAUCUACAGUGCGUUGGUGGAGUUGUUGGCGCGCGACUUCUUGUUCGAUCCCUGCCGCACGCGCCGGCGGUCCAAGUUGUUGUAUAUGGUGGGCUGUACGCUGCUGGGGGCGGGCAUUAUGGCGCUUAUUGGGAAGUGGGCGUGAGGGUGGAGGUUGGGUCUGUUGGAAUUAUGGUGGAGGGGGGGGGAGGACUGUGGAUUAGUGUAUAUAAAAGUUACUCUAUGCGACGCAAAGUAUAUCCGGGAUAAUUUGUCGAGCGAAAUUGCAUCCAUUUUUCGUGGACAAACUCUCGUUUUUCUUUCGCUAGCUCUAUGUUUCCGUGAUCGACUCUGCCGGGUAAAUGUUUAGCAGUAACUAGUCCGGCAUCUUGUGCGGCUGCGACCGGGACAAACGGUAGCUAGAACACAAGGACUUCUGUGAAUUGGUGUUGCGGUUACAAGCAAGUCGUUUCAUGAGAUUCCCAACCAGACGCAGGCGAGUACUUUUUCAAAGCUCGUAACCAAGCCAGGACCAUGGUAGUAGAGAAUAUACUCUUCAAACCCAGUGUCAAGUCCAUUCAUAAAGCAUAGACUGCAUU